UGCGUCCACUUCUAACCAGACUCCCGUCGGAUUUGUACGCGCCAAGUGAGCUACGUAUUUAGCUUCUGUUUCGCCUGUCCGUCCGUUUAUUAAUUAUAUUUUUCUGCAAUGAAUUCGUUUGAAAAACGAUGGCCGUUUUUCGCCAUGUAGCCUAGCGCAUAUGAAGUGAGUUUUGAUCGAUUUUGCUCUGCUGUUGACUGAGCCCAACCAGGAUCGAAGACCUCACCAGAAAAGCCAAGCAGUGGUAUUCGAAACUCGUCUUGUACCAGAUAAUUAAUGGAAAACCAUAGAAUCCUUGCAUUUCGAAUUGUGAUGAAGAUAACAUUCGGUGAUUUGAUAAUUUUCUGAGACCGAAUAAUUGGUUUUAUCGUGCUACGCUUUCCUGUUGAUGGAGCCGUAGUACCAGUGAGCCGCUGCCGAAGGAGGCCGCACUCAUAAAGCCCGGACCAGAAUCGACAAUAUCGGUUCAAAAACGAUCAACUGUACCCCAUGGAGACCAUUCUUAAUCGCCAACGAAAUUAUCUCAUCGGAAACCGCUUCACAAGCAAGAUAUUCCCCGGCCUGGUACCUCACAUCCAGUACCACCUCUGUCGCUCCAACGCCAACAUGCUAUGGAAAAUCGAAAACGAGCUACUGCAAAGCCAUCGUCAACGGGAAACGACCGGCAUCAAGAAACUAUACAACUCAUUCUUCGUUCUAUUUUAACCGAACACUAUAGAUACACGUUUUCGUAAU